AGCUCACCCAACGCUUUACCCCUUCAUUGCAUCUGCAGAUGCUGUUGCUAGAUCUCUAUCGGCUUGUGCUUGUCUGAUGUAGUAUUACUUCCACUUCGAUGAUUGACCGUCUUGGAAACCUCCAGAUUGGCGCGGGAAGCUAGCAGAAGCAACAACGGGCACCUACAGACGCGACUUGCCGACACGUGCUUGCGUCCACCGCACGAGGGACAUCCGAUGGUUUGAUGGCCUAUACAAGACAUUAUAUUACACUGAGACUUCGCUGUGCGAGAACGAUUUUGCGCGGUCCAUCAAGGACUCAAGUGUGUCCAAAACAAGCGACUUCUAGGCGCAACAAAGUCUAAGACAAGCAACAUCCAGGGAUCAACGUCAACCCCACCGUGGGGUGCGCUGGCGUUCAGCAUGGCUGUGAAUGAGCCAACCUAUCAGUUCGCUUUGACGGUGAAAGAGUGCGAGUUCAUACGAGCCAUUCGAGCUGUCGAGCAAAGCAUCUCGCCCAGCGAGCAGCCAAGAUUACGUCAAAAGCUGGAACUUCAUGUUAGAGACGAAAAUGGAGAUUCGCUGGGAAGCUGCGACGUCAGCCCGGAGAAUAUGGUGUUGGGCUUCGUUGGCGCUUCGGCCGCGUUUUUGAAGGAGUUGGCGAAGGAGCCUGAUCAGCGCAAGAAAGAUUUGGCCGAAGUUGACGAAGGUGUUCACAUCGAUGACCGCGACUCUGUUCUGGGCUCACAGACGCAGGACACUGCUGCUGACUCUCUGAGCAGGAUAAUGAACGCCAGACUCCGUCGUGGGAGGCAUUCAGGAAAUCUAGCAUCCCGCCACGACUAUCCCGGCGUCACCAUAGUAAUACCCAAAACGAAAGCCGAAGAAGGAGUUCGCGGGGCUCAUGCGACGGAGAAGCCCAAAGGAGUCAAGCAAAUGAUCAUCGAGGUUGAAGAGACUGAAGUUAGCGAGAAUCCUGAGCUGGAAAGCAGUCUCCGAAACACAUACCCGUGGGCACUGAUCGAAUCGAAACCCGGCCCAGAUAUAUCCAGAAAGCGCGCAAGACCAGACCCGGUCAAGCACAUCGAAGACUUUGCCGCAUACGUCUUGAAUUCGCCCUCUGAUGAUGAAUUCGGUUAUCACUAUCCAGUAGGCGAUUGGGAUCAUCUGACUUGUGCGCGAAAAUUUGAAAUCGCUCAUGCGCGAGCAAUUCAGCAUUAUCAUGGCAGGCUGGCUGACGAUGGAGGAUGCAGUCAGUGUGCAGAGGAUGGCCAUCAGUGUAGAGUCUACUUGCCGCAGCUUGAGAACCCAGUCCAUAUAGAUUUUGGUCACACUUGCCAAAACUGCCGGCUCAGACAUCGACAAUGCGACCUUCCCGCCACAGUAAAACUUCUUCCGAGCACACCGACAGGACCAGCAGCACUCAGGAUUGAUACACGGAACAUCCAUCACCGAGGUGAAACGGUAGAUACACCACCCUUGAUGGCCGCCACACCAGGAUCGCUAGCAUCGAGAAUGACGGCGGCCAAUGGAAGCCGGCUCAACAACGAAGAGGAUGAUGGUCACACUCCAAUAAGCGGGGAUCAUCGUCUGCCUAUGAUGGAAUUUGCCGAGCAGAUCAAUCUAUUUCAAGGCUGUCGUAACCCCAAAGUCAAAUCCGUCAUCUAUUCGAUGUACGGCCUCUUGAAAAAACACGACAAGGUCGAGCCGUUUGGCAAACACCCCUUGACUCUCGACCAAUAUUACCAGAACCUGACCACUCUUUACAUAGUCACGUAUCUGCGUAAAGAGUACCACUCGGCUUAUAUCGUUUUGCUUCGCUUCCAGAACACUGAUUACCAUGAGACUGGAGAGCUGCCUACCAUAGAAAACGUCGUCCGCGCUUUUGAGUGCCUCCUAGCGCAUGCCCCACUUUGUCGCUGGAUAGUGAUACUAUACAGUUUCCUCUGGGAAACGCAAUACUAUGGCAGCUGGGACGUCUUUUUGAAUACGCACCCAAGCGUCAAGUCAAAGGUCCACGCAGUCGCCAAACUUCUCUUCGGGAUCAGCUGGAUUCGCGAUCCAUUUACUACUGGAGGCGAUACUGCAGUAAGGCAGCAGUGGUGUGCGGUUCACAUCCAUUCUACGGGAACUCGUGAGCAGCAAGAAGCUUGCGAAAACAUGAAGAGCGAGGCCAGGUACUCGCCACGUAUCGGUGAGAAGAGAAGGAGUGAUGAUGGAUCACCAGUGCUGAGGCCUUACAAAGCUGCUAGAGGAGGACGGGGCAGAGGGAGAUCGUGUGGCUCAAGUAGGUGA